AUGUCAAUCAGGACUUGCAGCAUUCUUCUGGCGACCGUGGGCCUCGUGGCUGCACAGACCAGCGUCGUCUCGAUGUUCAUCCCCUUCGCCGAUCCGCAACCACUGGCUGCCUCAAUCGUGGGAAAGAGCGCCGGUACCACUACCUACAGCAUUAAUUGCCCUCCCGGAACCGAUAGCGACGACUGCGGGAUGGGUCCCGGUCUGUGGAUGACCGCGGGUCCCACGACCACGAGAUAUUCCUUGACCGAGCCUGACGUGGACUUCUACGAUAACAUGGACUGCUCCGUGGGUGGCACCACCACUGCUGUCUGCACAGAAGUCGUGAGCGGCACCGGAGCCAAUGACCCUGGAACCGACAGCACCACUUACGCGCCAACCGAUAUCACCCUUCUCCCUGUCACUAUCACUGCUGGCCCAGCGACUACAAGUGCCGCGUCCACUGCGACCGAAUCGACCGGUUCAUCCGACUCAGCGAACACCUCAAGCUCCGACAAGACUGGAAAGACCGGUAGCACCGCGUCAAGCACUUCGGCUGCUGCAUCUACCAGUGCUAGCUCUGGUACUAGCACGGGCGGUCUUUCUCGAGUCACUGGUAACCCUGUGGUUGCUUUGGGAGGUGCCGCUGCUGCAUUGGUUGCCGCUGUCCUGUAA